AUGGGCUCGCUGCAGCGCCCGGCGGCGAAGGAGUCGCGGCUGCAGGCGCGGAUGGCCGCGCGCUACCAGCACGCGCUCGGUACCUUCCACGACGGCGUGCGGGAGUUCAACAAGCGGCUCGACGAGGAGCAGGUGCUGCGGCUGGCGGACCUGAAGGAGUUCCUGCAGCGCAGCCACGACGAGUGCGCUGCGGCGCUGCAGGCGGAGACGACGCGCGUGGAGUCGCACAAAAAUCAGCUCGCGCAGCCCCCCGUGGGCGACGCGGAGGAUCUUCUGCAGCCCUUCACGGACGACUACCACAAGGGCGAGGUCCGCAUAGACGAGAGCAAGCCGCGGCUGCGGGCGGAGCGCCAGCGCCUGCUUUCGCUCUGCGUCGAGGUGCGCAACUCGUACCAGUCGCGCGUGGACGCCAUCACCAGCUGCGAGGAAGGCAUGGAGGCGCGUGAACAGGAAAGGCGUGAGGGGCUGAAGCGGUUGCUUGUAGAGUUUGUGGAGAACCUCACAAAGAUCAGCUACACAAGCAUCGGCGCCUCCCACGUCUUGGCGCAGCGAGCGAUUCACGACAUCAACGAGCACCUCUGCAAAAAUCACACCAGCAGGAGGACCCUCUUGGCGCAGCUGCGCUGCCGGGAGAUGCUGCGGCAGCGGCACUACAGCCGAAAGCUGGCCGAGGUGUACGGCACCUCGCUGGAACUCAUGAUGAGCAGUGGCCUGCGCUGGGCAACGACGCUGCUGCAGACGGCAUACUUCCGCCGCCCGCAGUGCCGCAUGCAGGCGAUUGAACAAAUGAGCCGACUGGUCAGCAGCAUACGGCGGGACGGGACGCAGUUUCUGGAAAACGUGGCGACGACGGUGCAGUCGCUGCGCCGCGCGCGGGAGCCGCUGCCGACGGAGUGCGGCCAAGUCUGCGGCGGGACUCUGCCGGAUGGCUGGCUGCGCAGCUUCGACGGUGGCCUCUUCUCGCCGGUCUUCCCAGUGAGCCCGUCGGAGGUGACGGUGGAGUGGCGCGUCAAGGCGAACGUGCUGGUGCGCAACACCCUGGUGCAGUGCGCCUGCGCCGCGGAGGAGGCCCGGAUUGCGGAGCGGCAGUUGUGUGCGGAGGCGGAGGUGAUCCUCACCGAGCUGCACGCCCUCGUGCGCUGGAUCUGCGAGCCGGAGGCGUACGAGGCGGAGACGCUGGCGCAGGCCUCGCUGCAGGGCGUGGAUGCGGUGUACACCCGCUUCACCGCUGCGAAUCCCGCGCUGCAGGCACAACUUAGCGCUGAGGUUGACGCACGCGUGCUGCCGCUGCUGUCGACGAUACGGCGCGAGAGCGCGUGGUUCACCGCCGCGGUGGAGGCAGAGCUAAACGGCCAGCACGCGGCGCUUGAGGGCCUGCUGCUGACCGGUCCGAUCAACGUCCUGCUCACCUUUGAGAAGGCGACCGACGCGUUGGAGGAGACGGCGACGAAAGCCCUGGGAUUCAUUCGCGCCGGCUUUGCCGCCCUCUACGAGGCCCGCAAGGACCACGACGACGACCUUCACCACGUCGAGUUGGAGCUCGCGCGGAAGCAGAACGAGCUGCGGCACGCGGCCACCGUGGAGGCGGCGGAAGUGCUUUUUGUCGAGUGCCUCGCCGUGCUGGAUCGCAUCGCGGCGCAGCACACGAAUUUCCAGCGCUACACUGCGCAGUCGCUGCAGCGCGUGACGCAGGAGGGGAAGGCGGAGAUGGAGCAGCGCUGCGCCAGGCUGCUGCUGCUCUUUGGCCUGGAGAGCGAGGAGGCCUGCCUGCGGCGCGAGCGCGAGGCGGCGGAGGCGGCGGCAGCAGCAGCCGCAGCGGCGGCAGAGGCGGCGGCGGCGACGACGAAGCGGGGCCGCGCGAAGGAGGUGGUGGUGGAACCCGAGAGCGAGAGCGAGAGCGACGCGGAGCCGGCGCCGUCGUACCCCACCCUCACUGCGGUGGACGGGCAGCUGUACUACAUCGUCGGGCCCAUGGCGCUGGGCGACAGGCCGCCCGCUGCGCCGUCGCCGCCGUCGCCGCCGUCGCCGCAGCAUCAGCUGCCGAAUAAGCGUGGCCUUGGCGGCGACGGCGGCGACGGCGACGGCCACCGCCCCACGACGCCGGGCGGGAAACGGCGGUCGCAGCUCGCGCACGCGCAGCGAGGCGGCAAAAAGGGGAAGGGCGGGACGGCGCGGGGCGAAAGCAGCGGAAACUCCCCGCGAUCGUCCGCGCUGCCGACGGCUGCGCCGCCGCCCGCCUUCCUGCAAACGUACGAGUCGCUGCUGAAGGCCACGCUGCAGGAGGACGCCGCGGCGCCGUCGCUCUCGUCAGCCACCGUGGAGGAGUGGCGCGAAAUGCUGCGGGUCGAGGUGCUCAACUGGACCGUGCACCUUCGCCACACCUCCAUGGAGCAUGUGCGGAAGCAGUGCAACGCCCAGAGGUCUGCAAUCGACGCGGAGACGAAUGAAAUCCUGCGGCACCACCGCCGUCGCCCCGCCACAGUGCAGUCCGAUGAUUACGAGGGGCGCAUCCGCGAGCUUGAGACGACGCAGGUGAAGAAGGAGAAUCACUGCGCCCGCCUGCGGGAGCGCCUUGCGAUGCUGGAAAACGCCUGGUCUUCUAUUGAGGCGGGCGACCAGGCGGAGGCCCAGGACGCCCAGCUCUUCGAGCAGCUGCAGGAAUUUGAGAAGCUCGCUCCGAAGGCAAACACGGCGAACGCGCUGAUGUCGCAGGAGCGGAACUUUGCCUCCCUCGUCGCCGCCUCCCUGGAGACGCACACAACUCGCUACCACGGUAUCAUGGUGGACGUGGCGAAGCAAAAGGAGGUGCUGGAGUCUGAGUGCCACAAUUACCUCCUCAGCUGCGGGAAGCCUGUCCCGGGGGACCUCGACGAGCUUGAGGACACCAGCGCCUGGGAGGACGCGAAUGACAGCAGCUGCAAGCAGGUCAUUGAGACCCUGCUGCGACUGCACGGCGCAGCGAAGGCGCUCAAGGAGAAACUCAGCUCGGAGCGCGACCGCCAUGUGCGACACUUGGACGCGGCGAGGUCCAGCUACACGGUGGUGUUCGAGCAGAACUUGGGGGAGCUGCAGCUGCUGGCGCGGCUGCAGGAGAUUCUGUCGCGGCUCAAGGUUCAGGUGCACUCCCUCAUGACGCUCUCGGAGACAAGCGAGGCGAAGAUCGAGGAGACUUUGAAGGAGUUGGAGGAACGUCUCGCCGUCCCUCUCGUGUCGUACGACUUUUCCAGCGCGCUGGCGGAGCUCGCGGGUAGGGAGUACGGCGCCUCUUUCACCACGGAGGAGUCGCGCACGCUGCCUCCCGUUGGCAGCCCCUCCGCCCCCUCCUCCCCGCUCACGCCGUCGAUGCAGCCCGUCGCGAGAGGGGCGGGGGCCGCGGCGGCGACGCUCUCGGAGGACACCACGGGCGAGGUGGAGGCCGAGCUGAGCGAGCGGCUGGCGGAGGUGAAGAUCGACGUUGAGCGGCAGAUCCGCGCGAGCGACCCGUCGAAGGUGCUGCGGCUGCUGGACCACAUUCGCGAGAUUGUCUAUGUGCGCGGGCGGCACCUGGACUGCCUUCAGUACGGCGUGGAGCUCCUUAACGUGCCGCAGGAGAACUACAUUGAGCCCCGCCUUGGCGCCAAGGCCGACGCGGCAGUGGAAGACGCGGCUGCUCCCGCGGCGGGGGCGGGGGCAACGGCAACGGCAACGGCAACGGCAACCGUCGCCUUGUCUAAGCAGGGACGCGCCCGGAACAAGUCGAGGUUGUCGGCAUCGCCAAGUUCCAUGAUGGCCGCGCUCUACACAACAACGGAGCCCCCCGAAGUUCUCCCGGCGGAGCAACAGGUAAAAAAUUGGCUGGCGACGGCCAGGUCUCAGGUUGAGCAUGUCACGGAGCAGCACUUCACCGUGUGUCCACCGCCGCUCGUGCGCCGAUUGCCCGGCAUGGCGGGCGGGCACCUGCAGGACGUGAUGGAGAUGUGCGACAGGGUGUGUGACCAACAGCAGCGGCGGGUCGCGCGGCACGUGGUGCAGGCGACGCGGCGCUACCGGGAGCAGGUGCAUCGCCUCUUCGCGGCCUUGCAGCGGAUCCCUAGCUACCUGGUCAAUUCGACGUACAAUUUGUCCUCCAUGGCGCUCGAGCGACGGGUCGCGACGGUGUUUGACGUCUUUGCCGGCUUUUACGGCGAGUCUGACGCGCUUCGCUCGAUGCACGACCGCCUCGUCAAGGUCACCCUCGCAUCGAACUACAACCGCGACAAACUGAGUGCGCUCUCCGGUGCCGAGCGCACCCGGCAGACCGUGACGCAGGCAACCAUCGAAAAGCUUUGGGGCUACGCGCUGCGUGAGAUAGAGGAUGCGGCCGCCAUGCACGCCGCACGGAGCAUCAAUGUAACCAACAAUUUCUUUGCCUUUCUUCGGGGAGUUGUGACGCCGGAGAGUUUAAAGCCCGCCGUCGACGACGCGGGCGACGGGCACCACCGGGGGCUGCGCGGCCUGCUGCGUCUCAAGGCGCGUGAGGACCGCGGGAAGGAGGCGCAGCAGCAGCAGCAGCAGCAGCCGUCGACGAAGCGUGAACGGCGGCUGCGUGAGACGAUGACGCGCCACUCCGUCACCGGCACAUCCUCGGGCGGCAAAAAGGCGGAGUCCACCUCGGCGGCUGCCGCGGAGUCGGUGAGCGGGCAGCUGCCCACCCCAGCGCUGCUGGAGGUGGAGCAAGGCCGCGUCCCGCUGCAUGCCUUGCGGCCGGUGGAGGCCUUCAACGCCGAGCACCCGAGCGCCGCCGUCCCCGUCCCGAACAGCGACGUUGCCCCUGCGUUUGCCCGCGUCUCACUAGUGACGCGGCUGCAGACGCAGGCAGCCGGCCGACGACAGAAGAAGGAGACCGUCAGCACGCCGGUGGUCGAUGAGCGGGCGCUGAUGGUGAGCAUUCUUGCGCCUGAAACACCGCUGCACACGGAGAUCGCAAGGCUGACGCAGCAAUCGGUGGAGCAGUUUAACAGCGCCUCCUCGGGCGCCGUAGGCAAGGCGAGCGACACCUUCCAGAAGUGGACAGAGCAUGAGGUGCGGUGGCAAGAGACCUGGGGGGCAUCCAUGAAGCGUCUAAAAUGGUAG